AAAUUCGGCCUCUGACUCGACACUCGACCAAACAAUACCCCUUGGUCUGCAAUAGUUGCGCAUAGCUACCUGCCAGCACGUGCAUACAUCGGCAAUAUAUAUUCUUGAGUUCUACAGGAAUUCGCAGACCCAAUUGGACAAGGACGAGCCGCUGCUGUGCGACAGAGUACGUGGGGGGCCCUUAGUCAGGUCAGGAGUGUCUCUUUCUGCAGUCUGCUUGCGCGCCAUCUGCGCGAUCCUAGACUAGAAAAGCCCGCUUCCGUGUCACAUCAGCCACCAUGGAUCUGGUCAACCAACUCCCUAGCCGCCAUGAGUCAAGAGCUGAUCCGUCUGGAAAGCCUAGAAGGCCGACUGCUCUUCGCAGUGCCCAAGAAGGGUCGCCUCCUCCAAGCGAGCCUAAACCUGCUCGAAGGUGCCGACAUCCAAUUCAGGCGUGAGAACCGCCUCGACAUCGCGCUCGUCAAAAACCUGCCCAUCGCGCUCGUCUUCCUCCCCGCCGCAGAUAUCCCCACCUUUGUCGGCGAGGGCCGCGUCGACCUGGGCAUCACGGGCUACGACCAGGUGCAGGAGCACGAUGCCGGCGUCAGGGCGCUCGCGCGCGCCCGCCGCAUGAGCAAUGAGUGGGAUCCCAACUCGGCCGCGAACGGCAAGCCGCAGGGCUGCGAAACGGUCAUGGACCUCAGCUUCGGCGCCUGCCGCCUGCAAGUCCAGGUGCCCGCCAAGGGCGAGUACUCCCAGGGCAAGGACCUGAUCGGGAAGAACAUCGGCACUAGCUUUGUGCACCUCGCGACCGAGUACUUUGCCCGGCUGGAGAUGGAGUCCGAGGGCGUCACGGAUGCAGCCAAGUUCGAGGGCAGAAAGCUCCGGACCAAGAUCAUUGAGCUCAGCGGGAGCGUCGAGGCCGCCUGCGCGCUGGGUGUGGCGGAUGGCAUCGUCGACUUAGUUGAAUCCGGCGAGACAAUGAGAGCCGCCGGGCUCAAAGCAAUCGACACGGUCGUCGACAGCUCAGCCAUCCUCAUCAAGUCCAAAGCGCCCAGCAACCCCGCGCUGGUCGACCUGAUCGCCUCGCGCAUCGGCGGCGUCAUCACGGCCCAGAAGUACGUGCUCUGCCAGUACAACGUACCUCGCGUGAAACUGCCCGAGGCGACCAAGAUCACCCCUGGCAAGCGCGCCGCGACCGUCACGUCACUCGAUGAGGAAGGGUGGGUAGCCGUCAGCGCCAUGGUGGAGAAGAAGCGCAUCGCGCCCGUCAUGGACGACUUGGUAACGGUGGGCGCCACGGAUAUCUUGGUGUUGGAUAUCCACAAUACGAGGAGUAGCUGAGUUUAAACCGUAGAGAUAUAGGAUAAAUAAAAUGGGGGGUUAGAUGGCCAGGAGGGAAAGUUCUACAAUUCACGGUCUAGGCAUGGUCUGAGGUAAAGGGUAGGUAAUAUUGAGUGUAAG